UGCACAUUAAUGCAAUGAGGGAGGAGAGCACCAUCCACGUCUUCAGCAAGAUCCUGCAGGGGGUUGUCACACAAACAGAGGAGAAAUUAAUAGAAACAGUCAAAAGUGAAUUGCAAACUAAGGAAAUGGUUUUUGAAGAGAAGCUAAAAACACUAGAAUCGCUUCAAAGUAACGUUCAAGCGUACUUGACUUUGAGCACAGCAUUUAUCAGUUCUGCGUCCAAAUUCGAGCUACUGAAACUUGCCAACGGAUUGGUGGAGCGCCUUUCUGACAUUGGGAACGUUGUUCAACCAGCCAAAAUAUCUCCAGAAAAUAGUCUAAUUUCAUCAAACUUUAAGGCUGAAUUCAGCCAGAGCCUCAAAGAAUUAUUACACCAAGAACUUUGGAUGCACAAUCAUUUGAUCAGUCUCAAUGAUCAUCCAUCUGUGCCUAAAAACACUGGGGAAGAUGUGAGCAAACCUCAACAGAGUUGCUGCACCACCAACUCCAAUCUUGUGAUGCAGGAAUCUGAAAUCAAAGUUCCUCUGCCAUUUCUAGGACGCAGCCAGUCACUGCUGAAUAUUCCACUAGAUCUCAACAAACAAUUAAUAACUACCGUAGAGCCAAAAGUAGCGGCAGUAGUCCAGCAGCAACAAGCAGCAGCAGUUCCGUCCAUUCAACCGCCCAUGUUGACAGCUCCUCAGCCGGCCCGGAGGACGACGGGGGCAACUACUAAGCGAAGUGUCAACAAAACCGAUGCAAAGUAUCAAUCAUUGCCACACAGCGUGAAAGAAGGGCAACACAAAGCCCAGCACCGACGAGAGGGGUCUUCUACCAUGCCACAUCCUGUGAGAUCGAAGAGUGUCGAAGCCAAAUCGGCCCAACAUCAACAACAGCAGCAGCAAUACGAUAUUAGUCAGUUGGAAUUGUUCGCCGCCAUCCAUCAAUCACGUCAAGCUGUCAGCAGCCGGAGCAAUAGUAAAAAUCUGACGGUAACUUCAGCACUUGUCGGAGUACGGCAGUCGGAUAGGAAUGGCACGUCUCGGGGGUCGUCGUCGGAACAGAAAAAUGGAAAAAUGUCUGGUGUUGCCGCUGAUCCUGUAGAGAAAAGCGUUUCAUCAACUGCCAAAAAUCCUUCCGGCCAUGUAUGCGUGGUCCAGGCUUUAGUUCAUCAAGACGGUGACGUCGUAAGGAAUUCGGCUGCUGCCACUCAUGCGGAAGCUAGCGCAAGAAUACAGCGGAGUCAAAGGACAUGGGAGCCAGUGUACGAGCCCCUAGCAGGCCCCCAUGUAGGGCGACCGACAAAAACUGAGGCGGAAACAUCUGAAGCCAGCAUAGAAUUGACAGCGGAUCAAGUGCGGCAGCUAAUCCGGGCUAUUUCGGCAGCCCAGUCGAAUUCAGCCGGAUCGAUUGGUGGCUGUUGGUCAAGUGAAAUGAACCGGCCACCAGUCAACAGUAGUCAAAUCCCUGAAAGAGAUGUUGCGGUGACCAGUAAGCAACCUCUUGCGCAUCGUAACAUCCACCGUAACGACAGCUUUGAAGGUCACGAAGAAGCUGUUCGAAUGCUGGUUGGAGCCAUACAAGAAAUACAGCAGCUAUGUACUGACAAAAAACAUGAUUCCAAUUAGUUUAUCGAGUUACAGAAAUUAUAUCUCAAACGUUUGAUUGUUUUCAUUUUCAUUCCCGAAAAUUAAAUUUGCAAGUCUGCCA